GCCGCGAACAGAGUUUUCUGCUGCCAACACUCGUCGUCGGCAGCGUCGACGGUGCAUUGAGGAAGUGGGAUGGACGCUGGCAGUCUCUACAGGGAUGUGGUGGAGAACGAUGCCAUCCUGCGGGAGAUCUUGCGAAGCCAGCCGUGCAGUGCCCCAAACGCGCUCUUCCACCGUGCCAACUUGAUGGAGAAGGCUGAGCAGUUUGUGUCGGCCUUCCCGGGCGUCGCGGCCACCAAGGAGACGGAGCAGGUGUUGUGGAAACCGUGUUUUUACAAACGGAUCGAAGACUUUCGCCGUCGCAUUCGCAAGUAUGCAAGUCAAUCGGGCACCGAUCGAUCGAUUCGCGAUCACUUUUUCAAGCUGUCGGGCGAGUUCCAAGCGUUUCUAGACGAAGCCGCGGCGUACUAUGAACGGUUGCACGGGUACUUUGCGUCGUCAUCGUCGUCGUCGUCCACCGCCGCCGCGCUGCAGCACAGCAUGUUUCGCUGUCUCAUAUUUCUCGGUGACAUUGCACGAUACCGGGAACUGCACAGUCACAAAGCGAAAAAGCACUUUGCAGUGGCCGAAGGCUUUUAUCAUCGCGCGCUAGCCAUCCUCCCCGACAACGGCAACCCCCACAACCAGCUGGCGGUGCUCGCGACAUAUGUCGAAGCCGAAGCCAUCGCCGUGUACCGGUACUGUCGGUCACUGCUGCUCCCGACCCCAUUUGCCACGGCCGAAGAGAACUUGGUGCUCUUGUUUGAACGCAAUCGGCAUCGCGCGUUGCCACCCGUGGCAGACGGCGGCAAAACCAUCUCCGCGUCGUCCCUGCCCAAGGACAAGUCGGCGUAUCUCAAACAAUUCCUCCAUCGCCUCACGCGGCUGCAUGGCCUCCUGGUCGCGCCGCCGCCACCUCCUUCCUCGCCGGACCAACAUGCGCUGGACUCGUCCAUCGUGUGCGAUGCAUUCACAUCGCUUCUCGCGGCCGGCGUGCUAGGCGACGCCCUUGUACUCAAGUUGUUUGCGGUCAAUAUGUUUUGCAUUUGCCGAAGUAACUUGCAAUCGCACGCGAUAAGCUUGACGCUGGCCAUGGCAGGUUUGGUCUUGCAGUUUGUCCACGAUAAGCCGCUGCUGCUCGGACCUGUGAGCGUAUUGUGUGAUUUCUUCCGUGCCCAUCCACACUAUUUGACGGUGACCCCACUGGAAGAGACCACGUCACCCCUCUGGGCAUGGACACAAGCAUUGGCGGACGCUUUAAACCGGCGACAGGAAGCUACGCCGUACAUCAAGAUGCCCGACGCGGCCGCCGUCGCAGCAGCCAAGCCCCAUCUCAAGGAAAGUAUCGAAGUGCAAUUCUUUCAACCACUGGGAGUGGAGUAUGCGUUUGGUCGGCGAAGUCCAGCCGAGGUGGCCGAUGUCGACGCCACGUCUAUCCGAUGGGCCAACGUGUAUUGGUUUGCACACGCGACGAUGGUGCCACAGCAUCUCUUGACAGAACGGCAAGGAGUGUGGACACCACACAAUCAUCACGUACUUCCGACUCGAGUGGAGCACGAACGUGUAUUAGUCGGGGCGUCGGCUUCGUUUCUUAAUAGCCAUCCAAGCCGCAGCAGUAGUGACCAUCCAUUGUUGGAGGAGGACCAUAUGAACCAUCGGCAUGCCGAAGAAGGUGACGAAGAAGAUUGCGGGGAAGUGAUUGUGUACAACCCCCUGGUGGCACCACCACCCCCACCACCAGCCCCACCCCUACCCUCCAGCUCGACAUGGUGGUCAUCUGAGGGAAGUAAUAUCACGGACAGUCCAUCGUUUGGAGGGGCGGAUCUGAGUGCGUUUCGGCAUUUGGGGAGUGGUCUGCGGCCGCUCGAAGCUCUGACGUGGCAAAACCAGAGCCCAACGUGGCAGCAGCACGAGGACAAACCUGUGAAGACCAGUGGCAACCCCUGGAACGAUUUGGACGCGGUUGAGUUAGAGGGCAGCCGGUACGAGCACCAAGUGUCGAGUUUGAGUUUUCUGUUUGAAGAAACCACGAAAUCGACGCCGCCGCCACCCCCUGGCUUUCGACACAACCUCGUCACACGUAACCCGUUCGUGGUUGGUCAGCACACUUGAUGCCCGUGGCCUCACCAGUUUGCCUGCCGCCACAAGAACGAGAGGAGGAGGACCUAACUCCUACCAACGCCCCUACCCCCCCCCUCCCCGACCACCACGCGACGGUUCACAAGAAGGGGGGGGGGGGCGGCCCCCACAAGUUAAUUUUGCUGAUAACUACAUGUUGUUCCUGCUUUGCCCC